AUGGAGGAAAUGAUUGGGAAUUACAGUGUGGGAUUUUGUUCAGCUGAGUCUGAGAAGGCCAAUCCGGCGCCGUUUUUGGCAAAAACUUAUGAGUUGGUGGAGGAUGCUGCCACUGAUCACAUUGUUUCUUGGGGUCAUUCUCACACUACCUUUGUUGUUUGGAGGCCACCUGAGUUUGCUACUCAUAUUCUUCCCAACUAUUUCAAACACAACAACUUCUCGAGUUUCGUUCGACAACUCAACACUUACGGAUUCAAGAAAAUAGUCGCAGAAAGAUGGGAAUUUGGGAACGAAAACUUCAAGAAAGGAGAGAAGCAAUUACUAUUAGGGAUUCAAAGAAGAAAAUCCCAUAAUCACAACAACAAUCUCCACCAACAUCAACAAAUCCCAUUCCAAUUCUGUUACACCACCGCCGCCGCCACCACCACCACCACCUCCUCCUCCUCCUCAGAUCCCGACAUCCUGGCGGCGCUGACGCAAGACAACCGCCGUCUACGGCGGAGAAACCACAUGUUGCUGUCGGAGCUGACCCAGAUGAAGAAUCUCUACUCGGACAUCAUCUACUUCAUCCAAAACCACGUCAAACCACUCGAGCACAAAUAUGGCAGAUCGGUUCCCAAGUUGGUGGACUUGAAGCCUCCGCCGCCGCCUCCGCCGCCGCAGACGGAGGCCGGAGUAGAAGAGGGAAAUGGGUCUGUGAAGCUUUUUGGGGUUCCGAUUAGAGGGAAGAAGAGAGUGCACCAUGAAGAGGGUGAGCUUCAGAUGAGCUCCCAUGGCGGAUGAUAUACACUAAUUAUUA